AUGGAAGAGCGCGGCGAUUCCGAGCCCAACCCUGGCUGCAGCGCCCAGGGCCCGGGCGGCGCUCCCGGCGGCGGCGGCGGCGGUGGUGGCGCCCAUCCAUGGGCCCCGGAGGACGCCUGGAUGGGCACCCACCCAAAGUAUUUAGAAAUGAUGGAAUUAGAUAUAGGAGAUGCUACUCAAGUUUAUAUAGCAUUCUUGGUUUACCUGGACCUCAUGGAGAGUAAAAGUUGGCAUGAAGUAAACUGUGUGGGAUUGCCAGACCUCCAGCUCAUCUGCCUGGUUGGUACUGAGAUAGAAGGAGAAGGGCUACAGACUGUGGUGCCUACAUCCAUCAAUGCUUCCCUCAGCCAUAACAGGAUAAGGGAGAUCUUGAAGGCAUCUCGAAAAUUGCAAGGUGAUCCAGAUUUGCCGAUGUCUUUUACUUUGGCCAUAGUGGAGUCCGAUUCCACAAUAGUCUAUUAUAAACUUACUGAUGGAUUUAUGCUGCCAGACCCUCAGAAUAUUUCCCUUAGAAGAUGACACCUAUACUUCCUGGUGCUUACUUUAUUCAUACAAGAUUGGACUUGAGACCCCUCAACCUGCUUACUCUUUUAUCUCAGAGACAGUCAGGAUUGACUUAGCUGGUCCCAUUCCAUAAAUGUUUUUCUAAAGUAGAAAAAUUUCCCAGAUAGAGAAUUUUUUGUUACUGUUCAAAAAUAUGGGGUAGUUGCUCUAAAACUUUAUCUGAGACAGUUUAAUUACAGUUGUAUACAAGUUUAUGCCUAGGGUGUUAUAAGAGUGUUAUCCUCCACUCUUAGCUGCCUCAUCGUUCACUGCUGUUACUGCCAGCUCAUCGUCGAGACUGCCACCCUUUCCCUAACUCAGCCCUCUCAGUGAGUUAGGGAAAGGCCACUACCGCUGGCUUGGAAUACCUUUCAUAUACACCUUGAUACCUGGAGAGUUUACUUUAGUCUGCUUUUUAAUCCCAAUAGAAAGUAAAACAUUUCUGUAAUUGUUUUUAAUGUUUUGAUUACUGUUACAUUCCUCUUUGGUUUACUUUAAAUCAAAACUAUAAUUAAGCUCAUCCAGAGUGUGACCUUGCAUGUCUAGAUUAAUAAGGACCAGAGAAGUGCUACCUACAAAAGUACUGAGCCUUCCUUUCCCUUCUUAUUACCACAACCCUAUAUCAUAGUAGACUGUUACAAGAGAAAUAGUGGGGGACAGUGUUCACCUUAAGAACAUCUUUAUGAAGUAGACCCAUUUAUUCCACUUUUGUUAUAAUCCAAUCAAGUUGCCUAAAAUAUAAAAAUUAUAUGCACAAAGAUGCUCUAAAUAGCAUUACUUGUAAUUGCUCAAACUAUAAACCACUUAAAAGUUUAGGGCAGUGGUUAAUAAACUUUUCCGGUAAAGAGCCAGGAAGUAAAUAAUUUAGGCUUUCAGGCCAUGUAUUCUCUGUCACAGCUUCUCAACUCUGUAGUUUGUAGCACAAAAAUAACAAUAGACAAUAGGUAAACAAAUGAGUAUGGAUGACUGUGUUCUAAUAAAACUUUAUUUACAAAUGCAGGACCAUAGUUUGCCAAAUAUAUAUAUAUAUAUAUAUCCAUCUUCAAUGAAUGGUACAUUAUGUACUCAUUAAAAAUUAGUAAAGAAUAUAAUGAACAUGAGAAAAUAUAAAGUAAAACAGCAAGAUAUAAAAGUGUAUGAACGGAUAUGAUCAUGGCUAUAAAUAACACCCAGACAAAAUAAAUUACUAGCUGUGGUUAUAAUAGAAUGGCAGGGCAGUAAAAGGAUGAGUUGGUCUUCAGUAUUUCUUUAUUUGUGUUACUUUUAUAAUAAAAAUGUUUCUAAAAAGUAUCUUGAGAUUUAUAUUAGUUAUCUAUCAUUGCAAAUAAUAUAACAAACUUAAAACAGCACCCAUUUAAGAUCUCAAAGUUGGGUCCUUUAUAAGGGUGCAGUCAAGGUGUUGGCAGGGCUGCAGUCUCAUCUGGGGCUUGGAAGGGGAAGAGUCUGUUUCCUUGCUUGUUAGUAGCAGCUUUUAGUUCCCUGCUGGCUGUUGGACUGAGGGUCUCAGUUCCUAGUGGGCUGCUGGCAGGAGGCCUCUCAGCUCUGCCACGUGGGCCUUGCCUGCACAACUGGUUGGUUCCUCAAAGCCAGCAAGGAGAUUCUCAGCAAGACAGACCUCAUAAUCUCAAAUGAUAUAAUCCUCUCACCUUUGCUAUAAUCUGUUGGUUAGAAUCAAGUCAUGGCUGAUUAUUCUAGGAAACCAAAAAUAACAAGAAUGGAAAAUGGCAAAAAGUAGGAAUAUUACAAAAUGGUAUAAAAGCAUCAUUCCUGCUUUGUAGUAGCUCCUCUUUUCUUUGAUGACAUUUAAAUUGCAUGUUUGUUUUACUUUUUAAAUUUUUUUUGACAGUAUUGCAGAUGCCUCCCAUUUCCCCCAACUUUACCCUCUCAAGAAGCCCCUGCCCCACCCCAGGCCUUCCGCACUAUUGUCUGUGUCCAUGGGUUAUACACAUACCCGUAUACAUAUAUGUUCUUCGGUUAAUCUCUCGAUGGAAGGUCUUGGCAACUUUUUUAGAUUCCCCCUGCUCCUCAAGAAAGUCUGAAGAUGUACCAGUUCAGAACAAUGUGUGUUUCUGAAGCUCUAGUUGUCAAUUUUCAGAUCUAAGAAUUCUCAAACAGUAAUGAUUAAUCCUCAGGGUUUCUCCCACUUCAUUCCUUUUGAGGCUUUUCAUCAUAGUGCUAGGAAAAUGGUGCAUUUUCAGAAAGAAAUGUAAAGCUUAAUGUUAGAUUUGUGUGUCCUGUCUGAUGACCAGUGGUUCCCCAGAAUACUACAAGACCAGAAGUGUCCUUCGGGUUGACCGUGAAAGCUUUUUUGCAGAAAUUGUUAAAACUGGAUGUCCGGGAAUGUUUACCCAGUUUCAGAAUGUUCCCAGUGUACUUGACCUAAGUUGUUCUGUCCACAGCCAGCCAGAUACCCGCUAAUGUGAAUAAAGGUCCAGAACAGUUUGGAAAGGAGACAACCCAGCUCUAUCUGUCUCAUUUUAGUGGAAAACUAGGUAAAGCGACUUUUUGUGUAUGAUCAAGUAAUUUUGUAAUUGCAUUUACAUUCAUGUCUUCUUUUAAACACCUGUGUAUCCCACCACCUUCCAUAGUAACUGGCAUAGCUACUAAGCUCUUAAUAAAUAUUUGAUG